GAAUGAAGUUUUGGCGCGUGGUUUGGUUGCGAACGGAUGGCACGGUCUAGCAGCAUUGUGAGAUAAAAUGACAGAUAGAACUGCUCCAAGCUCGUCGCUAAAACUAGAAUGGGUAUACGGUUACAGAGGACAUCAAUGCCGCAACAAUCUCUACUACACCUCGUCGAAAGAGAUCGUGUACUUCGUGGCAGGAGUCGGUGUGGUUUAUAACACUAGGGAAAACUCUCAGCGAUUCUUUCUCGGACACAACGAUGAUAUUAUUAGUUUGGCAUUACAUCCUGAGAGACAAUUGGUAGCAACUGGACAGGUCGGCAAGGACCCAUAUGUCUGUGUUUGGGAUUCAAAAACAUGUCAGACAGUUUCCAUAUUGAAGGAUGCUCAUCAACGAGGAGUUACCUGUUUGGCGUUCAACAAUACUGGCACACUUCUUGUGUCAGUGGGUUUAGAAGACUACCACCUGAUAGCUGUUUGGGACUGGAGAAAGGGGAGAUCCUUGGCAUCUGUCAGAGGACACACUGAUCGAAUCUUUGACAUUCAGUUUAACCCUUACCAAGAAAACUUGCUGGUGAGCUGUGGUGUGAAACAUAUCAAGUUUUGGACCUUGUGUGGAAAUGCUCUCAAUCCUAAAAAAGGAGUCUUUGGUAAAGCUGGCGAGAUUCAAACAAAUCUGUGUUUAGCAUUUGGUCCUAAUGAUGUAACAUACUCUGGCACUCUGAGUGGAGAGAUCUACAAAUGGAAAGGUCACAACUUGUCUGGAACUAUUCCAAAUGCACAUAAUGGAGCAAUAUUUACGAUGCACGGAAACAAUGAUGGAUAUGCAACAGGAUCCAAAGAUGGAACUGUUAUUCUGUGGGACAACAGUUUUAAACCAAUCACAAAACUAGAGAUGAUCAACACUCCUGUUGGCUAUGAAGGUUUGUCUGUGCGAAGUGCAUUCUGGAUGGGUGAAAAAAUUCUUGUUGGUACAAAUGCUGGUGAAGUAUUUGAAGUUAUUGCUACAGAAAAGGAUAAACCAAAAACCAUUGUGCAG